AUGGCGACGGCAGGGGCGCCAAGCGACGGCGAUGACGGCGACGGCGUCAGCAACGACAGGGCCAACGCGUUGGCCCGCAGCUUUGAGGAGCUGCUUGACGCCGAGGUGUCGGUGAAUCCUGCGAAGCUGCGUGAGGCCUCACGGGCCGGCAUUCCGCCGCUGUACCGCAGCCCUGUCUACCUCUACCUACUGGGCGUCGCCUUUGUGGACAAGUCGCGUGAAAUGUCGCUGGAACGAAUGCAGGAGAAGGACUUUGAGCAGUUGCUGUCGACCUUCGCCCGAAUUGCCGCCUCGGAUGAGACCGGGCGGCGACCAUCUGUGAAGGGGCGCAUCAUGCAGCCGCUGGCACCGCUCACGCCGCAUGACGCUGAGAGCAUCCCACUGAUUACCCGACAGGAGAGCCAGUUUGCAAACGGCUACCUGUGCUCAGGCCGCAACUUCUCCGUGGGCUACGCGGCGUGGCUAAAGCUGUACGCCAACUUGCGGUAUCUGCCGCGGUUUGUAGGGAAUUCGGUGCGCCGGCAGCGGAUGGAGGCCGCGUGGCAGGCCCUGCACGUCACAAACUCAGAGGCGUCGCCCGAUGAAGUGCAGGAUUUGUUUGACCUGGCGCUAGUGUUUGAGUCGGUGCAUAGCACGGCGCGGGAUAUUUACUUCUCUACCGCCUCCCUCUACCACUUGCUGACGCACCACGGAAACGUGCUGCAGAGUGCGCAGUGUCUGCAAAGGAACUGCGGUGCAUUUCUCAUGCUGUUUCGCGCCACGAACUUUGACCUCUACCGCCACUUUGUGGCGGAGGGCGUCACUGUCGUGGAGUGGGUGCCGGGGAUGCUGAGGACACUUCUGGCCGGCCGGCUGCAUGAGGACGACCUGCUGCGCCUCUGGGACGUACACUUGGCAGGCGCGCUGGAGCACCUGAGCUGCCCGCUGCACCCGUACGUCUGCCUGGCAAUUCUUGCGGAGAUGACGGAGGUGCUGCUCGAGUGUGAGAGGUCCGGCAUCAUUGAGCGGCUGCGGCACCUCCCGCGCAUCAACGCUGGCAGCAUCAUUCAGAAGGCCAUCUCGCUGAAGGAGUCUGUUUUCUCAAAAGGUCUGCUGUGA